CGGCGCUGCGCGAAUGGCGGAAGCGGCUAGCUCAUCCGCUGGGGCCUCGGAGCCAGAGACCCAGCAGGACCAGCACCGCGAGGAGAACCUGGGGACGCUGCGGAUGCACUCGGGCGGCUUCGGCUGGAAGUCGAAGAAGACUGGCCACGUCAUCGCCAUCUCAAAGUCGGACCUGCGCGGCGCCGAGUGGGCAAAGGCGCCGCCGUACGCGUGCAUGCUCAAGCUGCGCGCCAAGGGCGGCUUCUCGCACACGUUCGUGGGGCUGCGCUCGCAGGACAGGGGCGUGGUCGGCGACUACUGCGCCCGCGUCUUCGAGCUCGACCUCAAGGACGUCGCCUUCUCGUGGAAGGGGUGGAACUGGGGCGAGGCGCUGGUCGAGGGCACCUCGCUCGCGUUCCGCGUCGAGGACAAGGCGGCGCUCGAGAUCCCGCUGGCGGCGGUGUCGCAGGCGAUCGCCUCGAACCGCAAGGAGGCGAUCAUCGAGCUCGCCGACGACGACACCGCCGCGCCCGAGGACGAGAUGGUCGUCGGGAUCCGCUUCCACGUGCCGGCGGCCGCGCGCGACGACGAGGCGGACGAGGAGGAGCUGGCGCCGGCAGAGACCCUCGUCGCGCAGAUCAAGGAGUCUGGCGACCUGGAGGCGUCGGGCACCUCGCUCGCCACCUUCGAGGACGUCGGCCUCACCGUCCCGCGCGGCCGAUACGACAUCGAGAUGUUCGACAAGUUCCUCAAGCUGCACGGCAAGACGUACGACUACAAGGUGCUCUACACCAACGUCGCGUCGGUGUACGUCCUCCCGAAGCAGGACAACUACACGAUGGCCUUCGUGGUCUCGCUCGAGCACCCGCUCCGCCAGGGCGCCACCAUGUACCCGCACAUCGUGAUGCAGCUGCCGCGCGACGCGACCGUCGACCUCGAGAUCGCCCUCGAUUCCGCCGAGCUCAAGCGCCGGUUCGACGACAAGCUCGAGCGGUCCGAGAGCGGGGAGCUCGUCGACCUGCUGCCAAAGGUGAUGUGCGCCUUCACCAAGAAGAAGGUGGUGCGGCCAAAGGCCAACGACGGCUUCCUGUACCCGCUCGACAAGUGCUUCUUCUUCGUCGCGAACAAGCCGCUGCACAUCGACUUCGAGCGCAUCGGCUCGCUCGAGUUCAACCGCGCAUUCAUGCUCUGGAUGAACGCCUCCCGCGCGAGCAUCAAGGAGGAGCACCCGGACGCAAAGGUGACCGACAUCGGCCGCAUCGCCGGCGCAAAGUGGAAGGAGAUGGACGCCGAGGCAAAGGCGCCGUGGGACGCCAAGGCCAAGGCGGACAAGGAGCGGUACGAGGCCGAGAUGAAGGCGUACAAGGCCAAGCAGCGAGCCAGCCUGGCCGCGGACGACUCGGACUCGUCCGAGGCGGCGGCGCCGGCCAAGCCGGCCGCUGGCUCGGACUCGGACAGCGACUAG